CUUCACAUCCACGCUGGGCCGGAUCUCUACGCGGCAGCGCGGCGGAUGCUACCUUCUGUAUUCUUCAUGCGCGGAUGGUGGAGCUGAGGUGGUUGCAGCCCACAGCCUGCAACUAUUUUCUCUUUUGCUCAGUCUGACCUGGCUGCCACGAUGGCAUUCGUGCCGGCUCCGAGCCCCACAGUGGUGGACCAGACCACUCUGAUGAAGAAGUACCUGCAAUUCGUGGCAGCUCUCACCGACGCAAACACACCUGAUGAGACCAAACUCAAGAUGAUGCAGGAGGUCAGCGAGAACUUUGAGAACGUGACAUCUUCGCCUCAAUACUCCACCUUCUUGGAACACAUCAUCCCUCGCUUCCUCACCUUUCUUCAAGACGGGGAAGUGCAGUUCCUCCAAGAAAAGCCUACACAGCAACUGAGGAAGUUGGUGUUGGAAAUCAUCCACCGCAUCCCCACCAAUGAACAUCUUCGACCACACACCAAAAACAUCUUGUCUGUGAUGUUCCGUUUCCUGGAGAUUGAAAGCGAGGAAAACGUGCUAAUAUGUCUUCGCAUUAUAAUUGAGCUGCACAAGCAAUUCCGUCCCCCAAUCUCACAGGAGAUUCAUCACUUCCUGGACUUUGUGAAGCAGAUUUACAAAGAUCUCCCUAAAGUUGUAGACAGGUACUUUGAAAACCCUCAGGUGAUAGCGGAGAACACAGUUCCCUCCCCGCAAAUGGUGGGGAUGAUCACUUCCGUGUUGGUAAAAACUGCACCCGAGAGAGAGGACAGUGAAACCAGAACGCACACCAUCAUCCCACGAGGUUCUUUGUCUCUCAAAGUGCUGGCGGAGCUGCCACUCAUUGUGGUGCUGAUGUAUCAGCUCUACAAGCUGAAUAUUCACAAUGUGGUGUCGGAGUUUGUGCCCCUCAUCAUGAGCACUAUCAUGCUGCAGGUGUCUCCACAGGCCAGGCAGCACAAGCUUUAUAACAAGGAGCUGUAUGCAGACUUUAUUGCUGCACAGAUCAAGACGCUCUCAUUUUUGGCCUACAUCAUCCGAAUCUACCAGGAGCUGGUAGGAAAGUACUCCCAGCAGAUGGUGAAGGGCAUGCUGCAGCUGCUUACCAACUGCCCCUCAGAGACGGCUCACCUCCGCAAGGAGCUUCUCAUCGCGGCCAAACAUAUUCUCACAACUGACCUACGCAGCCAGUUUAUACCGUGCAUGGAUAAACUUUUUGAUGAGUCCAUCCUCAUUGGCUCUGGCUACACUGCUCGGGAAACUCUUCGACCAUUGGCCUACAGCACACUCGCAGACUUGGUCCACCAUGUUCGUCAGAACCUGCCUUUGACGGAUUUAUCUUUAGCUGUGCAGCUGUUUGCCAAGAACAUCGACGAUGAAUCUCUUCCGAGCAAUAUUCAGACAAUGUCCUGCAAGCUGUUGCUCAAUCUGGUGGACUGCAUUCGCUCAAAGUCCGAGCAGGAGAAUGGCAAUGGCCGAGACAUUCUCAUGAGGAUGCUGGAGGUGUUUGUGCUGAAAUUCCACACCAUAGCACGCUACCAGCUAGUCUCCAUCUUCAAGAAGUGCAAACCCCAGUCGGAGAUGGGCGUGGUGGAGCCAGGGGGGCUACCAGGAGUACCAGCCACACCCACUCCUUCCACCACCCCUGCCAUUCCGCCUCCUGCCCCUCCCACACCCGUUACUAGCACCCCUCAGCCCCCUGCAACCUCUUUCGACCGGUCAAGUGACAAAGAGGACAAGCAGACGUUUCAGGUGUCAGACUGCCGCAGCUUAGUCAAGACUCUGGUGUGCGGAGUAAAGACCAUCACAUGGGGCAUCACUUCCUGCAAAGCUCCCGGAGAGGCUCAGUUCAUUCCUAACAAGCAGCUCCAGCCAAAAGAGACACAGAUCUACAUCAAGUUGGUCAAAUAUGCCAUGCAGGCCUUGGACAUUUAUCAGGUGCAGGUUGCCAAUAACCAGCAGACAUACAUCAGAGUGGCCAACUGCCAGACAGUACGCAUGAAGGAGGAGAAGGAGGUUCUGGAGCACUUUGCUGGGGUCUUCACAAUGAUGAAUCCUCUCACGUUCAAGGAGAUUUUUCAAACUACAGUUCCGUACAUGGUGGAGAGGAUCUCCAAGAACUACGCGUUACAGAUUGUGGCCAACUCAUUCUUGGCCAACUUGUCAACAUCGGCUCUAUUUGCCACCAUCUUAGUGGAGUAUCUUCUUGAAAGACUUCCAGAGAUGGGAUCCAAUGUUGAACUCUCCAAUUUAUAUCUCAAGCUCUUCAAACUGGUGUUUGGAUCAGUAUCUCUGUUUGCUGCUGAGAACGAACAGAUGCUUAAGCCACAUCUCCAUAAGAUUGUGAACAGCUCAAUGGAACUGGCCCAAUCUGCCAAGGAGCCUUACAACUACUUCCUAUUUCUGCGGGCUCUUUUCCGCUCAAUUGGUGGGGGCAGCCAUGACCUGCUCUAUCAAGAGUUCCUGCCUCUUCUACCCAACCUGCUGCAAGGGUUGAACAUGCUGCAAAGUGGCCUUCACAAGCAGCAUAUGAAGGACCUGUUUGUGGAGUUGUGCUUGACGGUGCCAGUGCGUCUCAGCUCCUUGCUUCCAUACUUGCCCAUGCUGAUGGAUCCUCUGGUGUCUGCACUCAAUGGCUCUCAGACUCUGGUCAGCCAGGGCCUUCGCACCUUGGAGCUGUGUGUGGACAACCUGCAGCCGGACUUCCUGUACGACCACAUACAGCCUGUCAGGGCUGAGCUAAUGCAGGCUUUGUGGCGUACCCUACGUAACCCGGCUGAGACCAUCUCCCAUGUGGCGUACCGGGUCCUGGGAAAGUUUGGCGGCAGCAACAGGAAGAUGCUGAAAGAGUCUCAGAGGCUGCACUACGUGGUGACUGAGGUGCAAGGGCCCAGCAUCAAGGCCGAGUUCACUGACUGCAAAGCGUCAAUACAGCUACCAAUGGAGAAGGCUAUAGAGACAGCCCUGGACUGUCUGAAGAGUGCCAACACAGAACCUUACUACAGACGACAGGCAUGGGAGGUCAUUAAGUGUUUCCUGGUGGCCAUGACCAGUCUGGACGAUAACAAACAUGCUCUUUAUCAGCUUCUCUCUCAUCCCAACUUCACAGAAAAGUGGAUCCCCAAUGUUAUCAUUUCGCAUCGCUACAAGGCACAGGACACGCCGGCCCGCAGGACUUUUGAACAGGCCCUGACUGGAGCAUUCAUGUCGGCGGUAAUAAAAGACCUGAGGCCCAGUGCGCUGCCUUUUGUAGCCAGCUUGAUUCGCCACUACACCAUGGUCGCAGUGGCGCAGCAGUGUGGUCCAUUCCUCCUGCCAUGUUACCAGCUUGGGAGUCAGCCGAGCACGGCCAUGUUCCACAGUGAAGAGAAUGGAUCGAAGGGCAUGGAUCCACUGGUUCUGAUUGACGCCAUCGCUAUAUGCAUGGCUUAUGAGGAGAAGGAACUUUGUAAGAUAGGAGAGGUAUCCCUGGCUGUCAUCUUUGAUGUGGCCAGCAUCAUCCUCGGCUCCAAGGAACGGGCAUGUCAGCUUCCCCUGUUCUCCUACAUUGUGGAACGUCUCUGCGCCUGUUGCUAUGAGCAGGCUUGGUAUGCCAAACUUGGUGGCGUUGUGUCCAUCAAAUUCCUGAUGGAGAGAUGGCCUCUCAUUUGGGUCCUACAGAACCAGCUCACCUUUCUCAAGGCCUUGUUAUUUGUCAUGAUGGACCUCACAGGAGAGGUAUCAAAUGGAGCUGUUGCUAUGGCUAAGACCACCCUGGAGCAGUUGCUUGUGCGCUGCGCUACUCCACUGAAGGAUGAAGAAAAGAGUGAAGAACUUCAGGCUGCUCAAGACAAGUCUUUCCACAUGGUAACACAUGACCUCGUCCGAGAGGUGACUUCACCCAACUCAACUGUCCGCAAGCAGGCCAUGCACUCCCUGCAGGUGCUUGCGCAGGUGACUGGCAAGAGCGUCACUGUCAUAAUGGAGCCACACAAAGAGGUUUUGCAAGACAUGGUUCCCCCCAAGAAGCAUCUGCUUCGACACCAACCUGCAAAUGCCCAGAUUGGCCUGAUGGAGGCUAACACUUUUUGCACCACCCUACAGCCUCGCCUCUUUACAAUGGACCUCAAUGUUAUUGAGCACAAGUUCUUCUUUACAGAGCUGCUUAACUUGUGUGAGGCAGAGGAUGCUGCACUUAUGAAGUUGCCAUGUUACAAGAGCCUUCCAUCUCUGGUGCCUCUCCGCAUUGCUGCUCUCAAUGCAUUGGCAGCCUGCAACUACUUACCACAGUCCAGAGAGAAGAUCAUUGCUGCCCUGUUCAAGGCCCUGAACUCUACUAACAAUGAGCUCCAGGAAGCAGGAGAGGCAUGCAUGAGGAAGUUCUUGGAAGGGGCCACCAUUGAGGUGGACCAGAUUCACACUCACAUGCGACCCCUGCUCAUGAUGCUGGGUGACUACCGCAGCCUCACGCUAAAUGUGGUCAACCGACUGACCUCCGUCACUCGCCUCUUCCCCAACUCCUUCAACGACAAGUUCUGCGACCAGAUGAUGCAACACCUCCGAAAGUGGAUGGAGGUGGUGGUAAUAACUCACAAGGGAGGCCAGCGCAGUGAUGGCAGUCCUGCAUUGGAGGGUUUUGAGGAGAUGAAGAUCUGUUCUGCAAUCAUCAACCUUUUCCACCUGAUUCCCGCAGCACCUCAGACUCUAGUCAAACCUUUGCUGGAGGUUGUUAUGAAAACAGAGAGGGCCAUGCUCAUAGAGGCCGGCAGUCCAUUUAGGGAGCCUUUGAUAAAGUUCCUGACUCGCCACCCUUCUCAGACCGUGGAGCUGUUCAUGAUGGAGGCUACUCUUAACGACCCCCAGUGGAGCCGCAUGUUUAUGAGUUUUUUGAAACACAAAGACGCCAAGCCACUAAGAGAUGUGCUCGCCUCCAAUCCCAACCGCUUUGUCACCUUGCUGGUUCCUGCGGGCACCGCCGCCACAGUCCGCCCUGGAUCUCCCUCUACCACCACAGCCAGACUGGACCUGCAGUUCCAAGCCAUUAAAAUAAUCAGCAUCAUUGUGAAGAAUGAUGAAGGCUGGCUGGCAGGGCAGCACUCCCUGGUGAAUCAGCUCAGGCGAGUCUGGGUCAGCGAGGCCUUUCAAGAGAGACACCGCAAAGACAACAUGGCUGCCACAAACUGGAAGGAGCCCAAACUGCUGGCAUACUGUCUUCUUAGCUACUGCAAGCGCAACUACUCCGAGAUCGAGCUGCUGUUCCAGUUGCUGCGUGCAUUCACGGGUCGCUUCUUGUGCAACAUGACCUUCCUGAAGGAGUACAUGGAGGAGGACAUUCCCAAGAACUAUUCUAUUCUCCAGAAGCGUGCCCUGUUCUUCCGCUUUGUCGAGUUCAAUGAUCCACACUUCAACGACGAGCUUAAAGCCAAGGUGCUGCAGCACAUCCUGAAUCCAGCCUUCCUAUGCAGCUUUGAGAAGGGGGAAGGAGAACAGCUGCUUGGCCCACCAAAUCCAGAGGGGGACAAUCCAGAAAGCAUUACUAGCGUCUUCAUCACAAAGGUUCUAGAUCCAGAGAAACAGGCUGACCUGCUGGACUCUCUCCGGAUAUGCUUGUUGCAGUUCUCCACUCUGCUGGUAGAGCACGCGCCCCACCACAUUCACGACAACAACAAGUCCCGCAACAGCAAGCUGCGGCGCCUCAUGACGUUCGCCUGGCCGUGUCUGCUUCCGAAAGCCUGCGUGGACCCUGCAUGUAAAUACAGCGGACACCUACUGCUGGCGCACAUCAUUGCCAAGUUUGCCAUUCACAAGAAGAUUGUCUUGCAGGUCUUCCACAGCCUUUUAAAAGCGCACACCAUGGAGGCCCGUGCCAUUGUUCGCCAGGCUAUGGCUAUCCUCACGCCAGCUGUGCCCGCUCGCAUGGAGGACGGCCACCAGAUGCUGACACACUGGACUCGCAAAAUCAUCGUGGAGGAGGGUCACACUGUACCGCAGCUGGUCCACAUACUUCACCUUAUAGUGCAGCACUUCAGGGUUUACUAUCCUGUGCGCCACCACCUGGUGCAGCACAUGAUCAGCGCAAUGCAGCGUCUGGGCUUCACCCCGACUGUGACCAUUGAGCAAAGAAAGCUGGCUGUGGACUUGGCAGAGGUGGUCAUCAAGUGGGAACUGCAAAGGAUUAAAGACCAACAGCCUGAGUCCGAGGCAGACAUCGGGCCCAGUGGUGAGGGAACCAGUGGCGGCGCUCUGAAAAGGGGACUGUCGACAGACGCAACCACCGCCGGACAAGAUGUCAAAAGAUUCCGUGCGGCGGCUGGAGCGGCCUCCACUGUGUUUGGUCGCAGCCAGUCCAUGCCGGGAACAGAGACAAUGCUCACUAAACCUGUUGACAAACAACACACGGACACUGUGGUCAACUUCCUCAUCCGGAUUGCAUGCCAGGUGAACGACAGUACCAAUGUGGCCGGGUCUCCGGGGGAGCUGCUGUCUCGUCGCUGUGUUAGCCUGAUGAAGACGGCCCUCAGGCCUGACAUGUGGCCUCGCGCCGAGCUCAAGCUACAGUGGUUUGACAAGCUGCUAAUGACGGUGGAGCAGCCAGCUCAGGCUAACAUCUCUAACAUCUGCACCGGAUUGGAGAUUCUCUGCUUCUUGCUGACUGUGCUGCAGCCACCCGCUGUCCUGGCCCACUUCAAACCCCUCCAGAGAGGCAUCGCUGCCUGUAUGACAUGCGGCAACACGAAAGUCUUGCGUGCCGUUCACUCGCUCCUCUCUCGACUGAUGAGUAUCUUUCCCACUGAACCCAGCACGUCCACAGUGGCGUCAAAGUAUGAGGAGCUGGAGUGUUUGUAUGCUGCUGUGGGCAAGGUCAUCUAUGAGGGACUUACCAACUAUGAAAAAGCCACAAGCAACACCAACCCAACACAGCUCUUCGGAACCCUUAUGAUUCUCAAGUCGGCCUGCAGUUACAACGCAAGUUACAUCGACCGGCUCAUCUCGGUGUUUAUGCGCUCGCUGCAGAAGAUGGUGCGAGAACACCUGAGCCCACAGCAGGCCAACCCAGGGGUCACUGAGACCAGCACUGUGACAAGCGAGUUGGUCAUGCUGAGCCUCGACCUGGUGAAGACGCGACUCUCCGUCAUGAGCAUGGAGAUGAGGAAAAAUUUCAUUCAGGUCAUUCUCACGUCUCUAAUCGAGAAGUCGCCGGACCCAAAAAUUCUCCGUGCUGUCGUUAAGAUCGUAGAGGAAUGGGUGAAAAAUAAUUCGCCGAUGGCUGCUAAUCAGAUGCCCAAUCUCCGUGAAAAGUCCAUCUUGUUGGUAAAGAUGAUGACCUACAUAGAGAAGCGUUUCCCCGAUGAACUUGAGUUAAACGCCCAGUUCCUGGACCUCGUUAAUUACGUCUACAGGGAUGAAAGUCUGUCGGGAAGUGACAUCACAUCCAAGUUGGAGCCUGCUUUUCUCUCCGGACUUCGCUGCACUCAGCCACUCAUCCGAGCCAAGUUCUUUGAGGUGUUUGACGCCUCCAUGAAGCGGCGUGUCUAUGAGAGGCUCCUUUACAUUGGCUGUUCUCAGAAUUGGGAGGCCAUGGGUAGUCACUUCUGGAUCAAGCAAUGCAUUGAGCUGCUGCUGGCAGUGUGUGAACGUAACACCGUCAUAGGCACCAGCUGUCAGGGAUCAAUGCUGCCGUCUAUCACAAACGUCAUCAACCUGGCGGACAGCCACGACCGCGCUGCUUUCGCUAUGGCAACGCAUGUCAAGCAGGAGCCGCGCGAGAGGGAGACGAGCGACACUAAGGAGGAGGAUGUGGAGAUAGAUAUUGAGUUGGCACCGGGUGACCAAACCACUCUCCCUAAGACUAAAGAUCAGUCUGAGAGAGACGCCGGCAACCAACUGCACAUGCUUACAAACCGCCAUGACAAGUUCCUUGACUCACUGCGAGAGGUCAAGACGGGUGCGCUGCUGAAUGCUCUUGUGCAGCUGUGUCACAUAGCCACUCCACUGGCUGAGAGAACCUGGGUCCAGCUAUUUCCUCGCCUUUGGAAGAUCCUCUCAGACAGGCAGCAGCAUGCAUUAUCAGGGGAAAUGAGUCCCUUCUUGUGCAGCGGCAGCCACCAAGCCCAAAGAGACUGCCAACCCAGUGCACUGAACUGUUUUGUGGAGGCCAUGUCUCAGUGUGUGCCCCCUAUUCCCAUCCGUCCCUGUGUGCUCAAGUAUUUGGGAAAGACACACAAUCUGUGGCUACGAUCCACACUAAUGCUGGAGCAGCAGGCUUUUGAAAAGGGCCUGAGCCUGCACAGCAAACCGAAGCAAAACACAGAAGUCUAUGAGCAGGAGAGUAUCACGCCACCUCAACAGGAGAUUCUGGACUCGUUGGCAGAGCUCUAUUCCUUGCUUCAAGAAGAAGACAUGUGGGCAGGCCUGUGGCAGAAGAGAUGCAAGUUCCCUGAAACUGCCACAGCCAUUGCCUACGAGCAGCAUGGCUUCUUUGAACAGGCCCAGGAAAGCUAUGAGAAAGCAAUGGAGAAGGCUCGAAAAGAGCACGAGAGGAACAAUGUGUCUCCUGCCAUAUUUCCUGAGUACCAGCUGUGGGAAGAUCACUGGAUACGCUGUUCAAAGGAAUUGAACCAGUGGGAACCUCUGACAGAAUAUGGCCAAUCUAAAGGCCAUUCCAACCCUUAUCUGGUGAUGGAAUGUGCUUGGAGGGUCUCCAACUGGGCUGCCAUGAAGGAAGCUUUGGUACAGGUAGAGUUGAGUUGCCCCAAAGAAAUGGCUUGGAAGGUGAACAUGCACCGGGGAUACCUGGCCAUCUGCCACCCAGAGGAGCAGCAGCUCAAUUUCAUCGAGAGGCUGGUGGAGAUGGCAUCCAGCCUCGCUAUCCGGGAGUGGAGGAGGUUGCCUCAUAUCGUUUCGCACGUGCACACGCCGCUGCUGCAGGCGGCGCAGCAGAUCAUAGAGCUGCAGGAAGCUGCCCAGAUUAACGCAGGGCUGCAGCCAACUAACCUGGGCCGCAACACCAGCCUCCAUGACAUGAAGACGGUAGUGAAAACGUGGCGAAACCGUCUUCCUAUUGUGUCUGAUGACCUGUCCCAUUGGAGCAGCAUUUUCAUGUGGCGCCAGCAUCACUACCAAGCCAUAGUGACGGCAUAUGAGACCAACACGCAGCAUGAUCCAAAUAACAACAACGCCAUGUUGGGAGUUCACGCCUCAGCAUCUGCUAUCAUUCAAUAUGGCAAGAUAGGACGCAAACAGGGCUUGGUGAACGUUGCUCUGGACAUUCUAAGCCGUAUCCACACCAUCCCAACGGUGCCUAUCGUUGACUGCUUCCAGAAAAUCAGACAACAAGUUAAAUGCUACUUACAGCUGGCUGGUGUCAUGGGAAAGAAUGAAUGCAUGCAGGGUCUGGAGGUGAUCGAGUCCACCAACUUGAAGUACUUUACCAAGGAGAUGACGGCCGAGUUCUACGCCCUCAAGGGCAUGUUCCUGGCUCAGAUCAACAAGUCAGAAGAAGCCAAUAAAGCCUUUUCAGCCGCAGUGCAGAUGCACGAUGUCUUGGUGAAGGCCUGGGCGAUGUGGGGUGACUACUUGGAGAACAUCUUUGUGAAGGAUCGCCAGCUCCACCUCGGAGUCUCUGCUAUUACCUGUUACCUUCACGCUUGCCGCCACCAAAACGAGAGCAAGUCCCGCAAGUACCUCGCAAAGGUCCUGUGGCUCCUCAGUUUUGAUGACAAGAACACCCUGGCAGAUGCAGUUGACAAGUACUGCAUCGGCGUCCCACCCAUUCAGUGGCUGGCAUGGAUACCUCAGCUGCUCACCUGCUUGGUUGGGUCUGAAGGCAAGCCUUUGCUCAACCUCAUAAGCCAGGUGGGACGAGUAUACCCCCAGGCUGUCUACUUUCCCAUUCGUACUCUUUACCUGACACUUAAGAUCGAGCAGAGGGAGCGCUACAAAAGUGACUCGUCAGGACAACAACAGCCCACUUCAGUAGGAGCCCAGUCUCAUACAGGGACCUCGGAUCCAGGGCCAAUCAGGGCCACGGCCCCGAUGUGGCGCUGCAGCCGAAUCAUGCACAUGCAGCGUGAGCUACACCCCACCUUGCUCUCCUCCCUGGAGGGCAUUGUGGACCAGAUGGUGUGGUUCAGAGAGAACUGGCAUGAAGAGGUUUUAAGACAGCUCCAACAAGGCCUGGCAAAGUGUUACUCUGUGGCCUUCGAGAAGAGUGGUGCGGUGUCCGACGCCAAGAUCACGCCACACACACUCAACUUUGUCAAGAAGCUGGUCAGCACGUUUGGCGUCGGCCUGGAGAACGUUUCCAACGUUUCCACCAUGUUCUCCAGUGCUGCUUCUGAGUCCCUGGCCCGCCGUGCACAAGCCACAGCCCAGGACCCUGUCUUUCAGAAGAUGAAGGGCCAGUUUACGACAGACUUUGACUUUAGCGUGCCCGGCUCCAUGAAACUCCACAAUCUGAUCUCGAAGCUCAAGAAGUGGAUCAAGAUCCUGGAGGCCAAAACCAAGCAGUUGCCCAAGUUCUUCCUCAUAGAGGAAAAGUGCCGCUUCCUCAGCAACUUCUCUGCACAGACGGCCGAGGUGGAGAUCCCCGGAGAGUUCCUCAUGCCCAAACCAACGCACUACUACAUCAAAAUCGCCAGGUUCAUGCCCAGAGUAGAGAUUGUUCAGAAGCACAAUACAGCAGCACGGCGCCUCUACAUCCGUGGCCACAAUGGCAAGAUCUAUCCCUACUUGGUGAUGAACGACGCCUGCCUGACCGAGUCUCGUCGCGAGGAGAGGGUUCUACAGCUCCUUCGACUCCUUAAUCCCUGUCUGGAGAAGAGGAAAGAGACCACCAAAAGACACCUCUUCUUCACUGUACCCCGAGUGGUGGCGGUGUCUCCUCAAAUGCGGUUAGUAGAGGACAACCCUUCGUCUCUGUCACUGGUGGAAAUCUACAAGCAGCGUUGUGCCAAGAAGGGGAUUGAGCAUGACAACCCUAUUUCCAGAUAUUACGAUCGCCUUGCUACUGUGCAAGCCAGAGGCACACAAGCUAGCCACCAGGUUCUACGGGACAUCCUGAAGGAGGUGCAGGGCAACAUGGUGCCGCGCAGCAUGCUCAAGGAGUGGGCCCUCCACACCUUCCCCAACGCCACCGACUACUGGACCUUCCGGAAAAUGUUCACCAUCCAGCUGGCCCUCAUCGGCCUGGCUGAGUUCAUGCUCCACCUGAAUCGGCUCAACCCCGAGAUGCUGCAGAUAGCGCAGGACACCGGCAAGUUGAACGUCUCCUACUUCCGCUUCGACAUCAACGACGCCACGGGUGACCUGGACGCCAAUAGGCCUGUUCCUUUCCGCCUGACGCCAAACAUCUCAGAGUUCCUGACCACCAUCGGCGUCUCUGGCCCGCUCACCGCCUCCAUGAUCGCUGUGGCACGCUGCUUUGCGCAGCCAAACUUUAAGGUGGACGGCAUCCUGAAGGCGGUCCUGCGCGACGAGAUCAUCGCUUGGCACAAGAAGACCCAGGAGGACACGUCCAUGCCUCUGUCCCCGGCCGGCCAGCCUGAAAACAUGGACUCGCAGCAGCUGGUGUCACUGGUCCAGAAGGCCGUCACCGCCAUCAUGACCCGCUUGCAUAAUUUGGCUCAGUUCGAGGGAGGCGAGAGUAAAGUCAACACUUUGGUGGCUGCAGCCAACAGCCUGGACAAUCUGUGCCGCAUGGACCCUGCAUGGCACCCCUGGCUCUAAAGGACACAUUCAACUCUAUUAUUACUGUAUGAGCAGGAUGCGGCAUUAUACUGACUUUUUCUACUAGCAUUCAACAUCUCCUCCAACUUGUAUUUAUUUUUGUAACUAAAUGUGUCUGCACUCUUGCGGACUUAAUUAUGACAGAUAAAUGGUUUAAAAACACUGUAGCUUUUUUAUAUCCAUUGCUGAAUGAAGAAUAUGUUUUCCAACACUUACAACACACAGUUUAUUUAGUUUCUUUUAUUUUUGUUACAGAAGCUCAUCUCUGCUGUUGUACAUAUAAGCAUUUUGUCUUAA